CAGUAGAGCCUGCCGGGAGUCAGUGCUGGGCUCCUGCUGCAAGACACGGGGCUGGGAGGCUCUGGGCUCCGGGGUAGUACCCCUGGGGGGAGCCACUGAGUACCUAGGGUACUCUCCUCUCCAGCCUGGAAGAGAGUCAGGUUAUCCAACUCAGGGAUGGCCGUGGGGUCCCCUCACUUCGUCCUCUUGCUCAGUGCCCUCACAGAUUUUCUAUUUUUUGUUUUCCUUUUAAAUGUUUGCUUAUUUUGCGCUGGGCAGGGGCAGAGACCGAGGGAGAGAGAGAAUCCCAAGCAGGCUCCAUGCUGUUAGCACGGAACCCAACACAGGGCUCGAUCUCACGAACGGUGAGAUCGUGAUGCAAGUGGAAACCAAGAGUGGGGCGCUUAACCAGCUGAGCCACCCAGCUGCCCCCAUGCAGAUUUUCUGAAGUCUGGCCCUGCUUUACGGAAGGCUGACCGCCCAGCACACUCCGCCCUCCCCUCACUGAGCACUAAUUAUCGCUUUCUCUUUACUUGGCCCUCUCCCCCCAGGAGAGCUGCAUCAGGUCCCUAGUUAUAGGCCAGGCCCAGAGCCUGGGAAGUGGGAGGGACUGAGGUGCUGAGCCCGGUCAGCGGUGGGCCCUCUGGAGCCUGUGGGGCUCCAGCAUCUCCCCAGUUGCCUGAGUAACAGGGUGCAGCCGCUGCCCAGGUCACCACCACUCCUCUCUUUGCACGCUGCCAGCUCCUGCCUGGAGGGCAGCACUGUUGGGGCUCAGCUCCUUCUAGAUGGUUCGGGCUUCUAAAGGCUCCUGCGAGCUGGAGAACACACGUAUGCCCACGCGUAGCUGCUACAUGUUCACAUUCGUUCUGCAGACACCUAUUCAGAGCCCAUGCUGUGCCCCGCCAGGCGCUGAGCACAGAAGGGGAAGACAGGGCUUCAGUUUUGAGCGGCCUGGGCCUCCCAGGCCCCUGGUCUCCCUUUAAGACAGCCAACCACCAAGCCAGCCAUGUGAGUGACGUGUGCUGGGAACAGCAGGGAAGGGAAGGGAAAACUCGGGCGCCAUAGUGGACAAUGCUUGGAGAAGGUGUCGGAGAACCUUGAAAGUCAAGUUGGAUUUCACAGCGUGGUGGGAGAGCACAGGAAGCAGCCCCGAAAAGGUCUCUCCCCUUGUUCAGGUGGUUCCUUACGUGACGACAAUUUUCGGUGGCCUGCAUGCAGGCAAGAUGGUCACGCUCCAGGGAGUGGUCCCUCUUGACGCACGCAGGUUCCAGGUAGACUUCCAGUGCGGCUGCAGCGUGCAUCCCCGGCCGGACAUCGCCAUCCACUUCAACCCUCGCUUCCACACCACCAAGCCCCACGUCGUCUGCAACACCCUGUACCUCGAGCGCUGGCAGGCCGAGGCCCGGUGGCCCCGCCUGGGCCUGCAGAGAGGAGCCAGCUUCCUCAUCCUCUUUCUCUUCGGAAAUGAGGAAAUGAAGGUGAGCGUGAACGGACAGCACUUUCUCCACUACCGCUACCGGCUCCCGCUGUCCCGUGUGGACACCCUGGGCAUAUUUGGUGACAUCUUGGUGGAGGCCGUUGGGUUCCUGAACAUCAACCCAUUUGCAGAAGGCGGCAUUGAGUAUCCGGUCGGAUAUCCCUUCCUGCUGAAGAGCCCCAGCCUGGAGGUGCCCUGCUCUCGGGCCCUUCCCCAGGGUCUCUGGCCGGGACAGGUGAUCGUACUGCGGGGGCUGGUCUUGCCAGAGCCAAAGGACCUCACGCUGAGCCUGCGGGACGAGGCGGCUCAUGUUCCUGUGACGCUCAGGGCUUCCUUCGCAGACAGAACUCUGGCCUGGAUCGCGCCCUGGGGGUGCAAGAAGCUGAUCUCGGCCCCCUUCCUGUUCUACCCCCGGCGAUUUUUUGAGGUGCUGCUCCUGUGCCAGGAGGGAGGGCUGAAGCUGGCGCUCAACGGGCAGGGCCUGGGGGCCACCAGCGUGCACCAGCAGGUCCUGGAGCAGCUGCGGGAGCUCCGGAUCAGUGGCAGCGUCCAGCUCCACUGUGUCCACUGCUGAGGAGUGAGCCAGGGGCCCCGCCAGGGAAGAGAAGGACCCGCCCACGCCCGGCACCCCUCGCUGCGGCUCCGCUCUCCUCCCUUCGAUACGCUGUGCGCCUGUCACCCCCCUGCUUUCGGAGGCCCCAGCCUGGGAUUGGCACCCCCUGCGCGCACUCGCAUCUCAUCCACAAGCACUCGGUCCCGGGGCCACGCUGUGUGCAAGGAAGGCUAAAAAUGACUCUCCAGCGGGAUGGCCGUGUGCCCGGCCACGGUGCUACUGCUGUGAUUCCUGGUACAUCUGGGGCAUUCCUGGUAUGUCUGUUUAUACCGUCUGAUUCCGUGGCCUCCACUUCCGGUGCUAUUUUUCCUUGUAUUUUCAGCUUGCCUGCUUGCUGUCGGGUUGAUGAAAUCUUUAUCACCCUCCCUACCUUUCUUGUCUUCUACUGGGUUGGAAGUUAUAACUGCAUUUACACUUCUAGUGGUUUUCCUUACUUUUUCUUUUUCUUUACUGUUUAUUUAUUUAUUUUGAGAGACAGAGAGAGAGAGAAAGCAAGUGGGGGAGGGGCAGAGAGAGAGGGAGAGAGAGAAUCCCAGGCGGGCCUCCACACUGUAUCAGGACAGAGCCCGACACGGAGCUCGAACUCACAAACCGUGAGAUCAUGACCUCACCUGAAAUCAAGAGCCAGACGCUCAGCCGACUGAGCCACGCACGUGCCCCAUUUUUUAUUAUUUUAGUAGUAGUAAGAUUGACUUGGGGAAUGGGUAAAAUUCUGAGUUUUAACACGUACGGAGGUUUGUGUAACCACGACCGCCACAAUCAGGACAUGUGAAGACCCCAUCACUCCAAAACCCUCUCUUGUGUCACUGCUUUGUAAUCAUACCUCCUUCAUCCCUCCCCUGACCCCAGCAACCGAGGAUCUGUUUUCCACUCCUACGUGUGGCCUUUUUUGGAAAUGCCGUAUCAAUGGAAUCCUACAGUAUCUGACCUGUUGAAUCUGG